CGUAGUGAAAAUGUGCAUCAAACCAGGCACCAUCUUAUUGCCCGAAACGGCGUCGUUUCGUUAACUCCUCGUUUUUUAGCUGCCUCCUCUCUCUGGCCUUUCAGUGUGACGGAGCGAAGAAUGCUGUUAGAAGUGAAAACCCAGCCCUGGAGUCAUGGCGUUGGCGCCUUCCAUCGUUCUCAGGAUGUGCAUCGUCUCACUCCAUUGGAUAAAGUGGAAUUUCCACGGUUCCGCUUCGUAGCUUUGGCAGCCAAGAGAAGCCCUAAACGCCUCAAAUACUCCGCUCCUCGCUUUUCCAAGGAGGAUGGAUUGCUCUAUGUGGAAGCGGAUCCAUCAGGCACGGACAGUUGGAAGUUGGAACCAGUUGCGGACCUUCUGAAAGAGGGAGCUGUGGGAGUCAUUCCUACGGACACUGUUUAUGCAAUAGUUUGUCACCUAAGAAGCCACUCAGCCAUUGAACGCCUUCGAAGAAUAAAAGAUAUAGAAGCUUCAAAGCCCCUCAGUAUUUUAUGCCGCUCCUUAAGGGACAUAGAUACAUAUACAACGGGGUUCCCUUGUGGUAUUGGCCAAGGUCAAACAAACAUUUUUCGAGCUGUCAAGCAUUGCUUACCCGGACCUUAUACUUUCAUCUUAACCGCAAGCAAAGAAUUACCCAAACAGUGUACAAGGUAUGGGACUACAACUGCAAAAUACGCAUCAAGGAAAAAUGUAGGUGUCCGCAUGCCUGACGAUGCCAUCUGCAAAGCAAUUUUACAGAUGAUGGAUGCACCGUUAAUAGCCACAAGUGUCAAGUCGCCAAAGGAAAAUGAAUGGAUGUUGGAUCCGAUUACAAUAGCUGAUGUAUAUGGACCAGAGGGUCUUGAUUUUGUUGUUGAUGGGGGUGUCAGAGUGGCUGACCCAUCCACUGUAGUAGAUAUGACUGGGAGAACUCCGAAAAUCAUACGGCAAGGGAAGGGACCUAAACAACCCUGGAUGGUAUCAGAAUCAGAUACAGAUUUUGCUAUCAAUGGAGAGAAUGGGUUAAUCCCUUAUGCAACCUAAGUACGUCUAGGGCAACCCUGUACAGAUAAGUGAUUGGUUAUUUUUGAAUUGUAUAAUUGGUUUGGAUUGCUUUCACUUUUCUUGUUUUUGUUUUGAGCAGUACUGAAAUAGAAAGAGAUAGGUGUAUGUUAUGUAAAUGCUUACUUGAGAAAUGGUGCAAUGGAAAUUAUUAUUUUUUUGCA